AGUUCACGGUGUUCCGUUUGUUUAUACUAACAUAGCUUUUUAAAGUAACGUUCCACAGAGUUAUUUCUGUAUUGUUUUCAUCUGGUGCAGCGAUAUUUGUGCGUCUUUUUUUUGGCGUCUGCUGACAGAAAUAAACAUUUAGCCUAACAGAUGUGAGGAAUUCGAAAUAGAUGCAGACCUGUGAUUUUGUUUGUUUACGUUUGGAGCAAUAAUGGUAUUGUUCACGAGUAAUGAUAUUCAUCACACCGGACCUUUUAAAACCACCACAAAAGUUCUGCUCCUCCUACCACACAGCAAUUCACCUUUAGUGUAGCUCCUCCCACAGCGAUUUACCAGAAAAUGCUGGAAUAUUCCCACAAGUGAAGAAGACAGACUUAUCACAGGAACACUGCAAAGAUGAAUGGUCCAGAACCCUGCCGAAUAAAACAGGAAGAUACUGAAGAACCAAUAGGCCUGUUAGAAGUGAAAAAGGAGAUUAAAGAACUGACUGAAGUGGAAGAGAAACAUCAGGUCAAAACUGAAGAAAAUUCCUUGAGUCCCUCAGUGAAAACAAGCAACAACAUAUGUUUCACUUGGCCUCAGUGUGGAAAGACUUUCUCAUGUAAGCAAAAUCUCGAUCUUCACAUUACAUUUCAUAGUGGAGGGAAGCCAUACUCAUGUGAUCAUUGUGAUAAGAUUUUCACAAUAAAAGGGAACCUUAAUGAACACAUGAAAAUUCACACUGCAGAAAAGCAACACUUCUGUGAUCAGUGUGGGAAGAGUUUCCCACAAAAACAAAACCUUGAUGAACAUAAGAAAAUCCACACUCUGAAGAAGCCAUACACAUGUGAUCAAUGUGGGAAGAGUUUCCCAUUUAAAGGAAACCUUGACGAACACAUGAGAAUUCAUACUGGAGAGAAGCCGCACAAAUGUGAUCAAUGUGGGAAGAGCUUUGCACAGAAAGGAAACCUUAACGUGCACAUGAAAAUCCACACUAGAGAGAAACUUCAUACAUGUGAUCAAAAUGGGAAGAGUUUCACACAAAGAGCACCCCUUAAUGAACACAUGAAAAUCCAUACUGGAGAAAAAACGCAUACAUGUGAUCAGUGUGGGAAGAGUUAUGCACGAAAAGGAACACUUAAUGAUCACAUGAAAAUCCACACUGGAGAGAAGCCAUACACAUGUGAUCAAUGUGGGAAGAGUUUCAGAAAAUCAAGUGUUUUAAAAGUACAUCUGCUUACUCAUUCUAGAGAAAGGCUAUAUAGUUGUGACCAAUGCAGUAAAAAGUUUUUCAGGGCAGAUUUCCUGAAGGACCACUUAAAAAUUCAUGCAAAGGUGAAGCCUUUUGUAUGUUCUUUGUGUGGAAAGAGUUUUAGCCAGAUGGGUGCAUUAAAAUUACACCAGAAAAAACACAGCGGUGUGAAGGAUCAUGUUUGCUCUGAGUGUGGGAAGACUUUUUUUACAUAUGGUGCACUAAAAGUGCACCAGACAGUUCACACUAGAGAAACACCUUACAAGUGUUCACACUGUGACAAAAGCUUCAAGCGGUCUGAAUAUCUGAAAAUACAUGAGAGGAUCCAUACUGGAGAGAAGCCAUAUGCAUGUGAUCAGUGUGGGAAAACCUUUGUGCAUAAAGGAAAUCUUAAUGUACACAUGAAAAUCCAUACUGGAGCGAAACCAUAUAUAUGCAAUCAGUGUGGGAAGAGUUUUGCACAAAAAUCACCCCUUAAUGAUCACAUGACAAUCCACACUGGAGAAAAACCACACACGUGUGAUCAGCAUGGGAAGAGUUUCAGAAAAUCAAAUAUUUUUAGAGUACAUGUACAUACUCAUUCUAGAGAAAGACUGUUUAACUGUGACCAGUGCAGUAAAAAAUAUUUUAGGGCAGAUUCCCUGAAGCACCACCUGAAAGUUCAUUCAAAGGAGAACCCUCAUCUCUGUUCUUUGUGUGGAAAGAGUUUUAGUAACAUGGAUACAUUAAAAUCACACCAGAAAAGACACAGUGGUGUGAAGGAUCAGGUUUGCUCUGAGUGUGGUAAGGCUUUUUUUACAUAUGGUGAACUGAAAGUGCACAGGACAGUUCACACUGGAGAAACACCUUAUAAGUGUUCACACUGUGACAAGAGAUUCAAACGGGCAAUAUAUCUAAAAAUACAUGAGAGGAUCCACACUGGAGAGAAGCCGUAUCACUGCCAUUUGUGUGGGAAGAGAUUCACUCAAUUAUCUUCUCUACUCUUUCAUAAAAGAAAAUGUAGGUCGUAAAUUACAGUAAGUUUAAGUUAAAUCAAUUAAUGAAUGAUUAUUAAAAACAAAUAAUGGAUUGAUAAUUGCUUAUUUCUGAGAUUAAACUUCAGCUUUUGCAGUUAGUUAAAAUGUUGAGUUAUACCCAUUCUAACUAAUAAAUAAUACAACGAAACCACUCAGUUUUUGAAAAUGUCUUUUUAAAAUAAACUGUGUGUGUGUGUGUGUGCGCCUGGUAUUCAUCACGUUAUGGGGACCAAAUGUCCCCACAAGGAUAGUAAUACCAGUAAAUUUUGACCUUGUCGGGACAUUUGUGAGGUCCCCAUGAGGAAACAGGCUUAUAAAUCAUGCAGAUUGAGUUUUUUUUGAGAAAGUAAAAGUGUGCACAGUCUCCUGUGAGGGCUAGGUUUAGGUGUAGGGUAGGUGUAGGGUGAUAGAAAAUACGGUUUGUACAGUAUAAAAACCAUUACGCCUAUGGAAUGUCCCCAUAAAACAUGUAAACACAACAUGUGUGUGUGUGUGUGAUAUGUCAGGAUGUAGGACCAGCAGAUCUUAAACAAAUUCUUAAAUUUCUUAUCCCACAAUGGACAUGUCUUCACUCCCUAACCAAUGAACUCUACUAAAACUCUUUACAGGAAACAGAAAUGAGCUACUACUAAAUAUAUUGUUUAAACUAAGUUUAAGCUGCUUUGCAACGUUUUUUUUUUGUAUCGUGAAAAGUGCUAUACAAAUAAACCUGAGUUGAAUUGAAAAUGAUUAGUUCACCUCACGAGGCUUUAGCUCAGAGUCGUUUGUUUAUCUCGUAAUAGUCUCAUGGGCUAAGGCUGUACAGUCUGCACUGGAAACUUUGGGUCUUAGUCAUUCUUUUGUAAUAUGAUGUGACGGCUGUAUUGAAUGCAGAAAUUAGUUAAUUCCUGAUGACUGUCCGGGCUGGUUCAGAACCAGGAUCUGGGCACCAGCCUGGGAUUUUUUUGAGUGGAAAAGCACGGCCCGGUUUCCAGUUUGGCUCCAGCUCUUACAUCAGCCCUGGUGGAAAAGCGGUAUGAGUCUUCACUUUUAAGUUUCCUUAACCAUACUCCCACCACUAAUGAUGACUUAAUUGAGAUCACCGUAAAUUGCCACUUAAAGCUCAUUUCAUGGUGUCUACAAACUGAGGCAAGCUAUAUCACCAUGAAUGUUUAAAACCAAAACCAAAAAGCCAAUGAACAAAAAAAAAAAACUAAGCGAAAAUUAAGUUGUAUAUCCUUACGUUUUUCUCAAGUUUUUAAUUUGGAUUUUGUAAUUAUGGUAUUUAUAAAAA